AUGGACAACACUCUUCGUCUUCACCAAGACUCUGGUCCUUUGUUACUUGAUCCAUUACCUUAUAAACGCUUGAUUGGCCGCCUUAUCUACCUCACCAACACUCGUCCACACAUUGCCUUCACCACACAACAACUUAGUCAAUUCAUGUCUCUACCACCAACUCAGACACAUCUCUGUGCUGCUACUCGUGUUCUCAAAUACCUCAAAGGAUGUCCAAGAAAAGGGCUCUCUUUUAGUAGAGAAUCUCCCAUUCAAAUUCUUGGAUUCAGUGAUGCCGAUUGGGCAACAUGUAUUGAUUCAAGCAAGUCAAUCACAUGGUACUGCUUCUUUCUUGGUAGUUCUCUAAUCUCAUGGAAAGCUAAGAAACAAAACACUGUUUCCCGCUCAUCCUCAUCCUCUGAAGCUAAGUAUAGAGCUCUCACCUCCACCACAUGCGAAUUACAGUGGCUUACUUACCUUCUAAAAGAUCUCCAUGUUACUUUGAUAUAUUGUGACAAUCAAAGUGCUUUGCAAUAG